UGGUAAUGUGUUGACACAGAGAGAAAGAGAGAGAAACACAAAGAGCAUCUACAGCAAGCAGCAACACAGAUUUUUGUGGAAGCGAGGCCAGGCAGGGGUGCAGGAGCCCUGUCCCUCUUGCUCUCCAACCAUGAAGGGCAGACUGAAAGGAGCCUGGAUCCUCUCCUUGCUCUUGGCUGGUUUAUUUCAGCCCAACCUGGGACAGGAACAACAGGAGAUUUUGACAGGACUUCAGUUAUCUCAUCAACAUGAUGAAGCAAGAUCCUGCUUGCAUGCUCAACCGAUCCCAGAUCGAGCCAAGGUGGAUUGCUAUGACUCAGUUCAAGGAUCAGCCCAUGAUUAUGGGGCUCUCUCCUUAUCUGGUGAAUACAUCCCCUUCCGGAAUUAUGCGGGGAAGUAUAUCCUCUUUGUAAAUGUGGCCACUUACUGAGGACUCACAGGACAAUAUCUUGAACUGAAUGCACUACAAACUUCACUGGGAAUUGACCGACUGGUCAUCCUAGGCUUCCCAUGCAAUCAAUUUGGAAAACAAGAACCUGGACAAAAUUCUGAAAUCCUUCAAGGAAUAAAACAUGUCAGACCAGGAGGAGGCUUUGUCCCCAAUUUCCAACUCUUUCAAAAAGGUGAUGUAAAUGGGGAGAACGAGCAGAGAAUUUACACCUUUCUGAAGAACUCCUGUCCACCAGUUGUGGAAAAUUUUGGUGACCCUGCAAAACUCUUCUGGUCACCUUUGAAGACCCAUGACAUUAAGUGGAACUUUGAGAAAUUUUUGGUGAAUCCUCAAGGAAAGCCCGUGAUGAGGUGGUUUCAACGGACAAAUGUUUCCAGUGUAAAGAAUGAUAUUAUAAGAUACAUGAGGAAAAACGGAUAGACUCCGUACGAAUGAAAAUGGAUUUAGGGAGGGGAGGCAGGCUGCAGACAUAUCCAGACAUAUUCAUUUUCUUCUGUCAAACCACCAAACAUCCAAAUUUCCUUUAUUCAGAGCUAAAAUAAGGUUAAGACAGAAUUAACCUUACAGGGUGCCAAUUUACAUGCUAAUAUUGCUAAAGAUCCAUAUCAAAAUUCUUAAUCUUAACUAACAUGUUUUCAAGCAUAACUUUAUAAAAGCAUGUCGAUCUCAGUUUACUCAACGAUACCUUUAAUUUCCAUGGGGUGGAACCAGCAUGUAUUGAAAAACCAUUUUAGUAACUUCUGAUCCUGCUUUAAACAUGUUACUUGAGCAUGAGUAAAAAAAACCAAGAUAAUCUUUGGGUUUUGCAUCUCUAGUAUAUUAUGGUACUAAAGAAAAGUGAAGACUAUUCCUCACUUUUACUAUUAACAUAUUGAUGCAGAAUAUACUGUACAAAUUUUAAAAGCAACAAAAUUAAGAAUUCUUUUUUAAAGUACAAGCUAUACAUUGGCCCAUUGCGGGUCACAGUAUUAAAGUCAAUCUAGUUUAUUUUUAGCAAUUUAAACUCAUUUCUAACAUUGGAUGAACAUUAAGUACUAUGUUCAUUAAGGGUGUCCCACUUAAUUUUGUUGUUUUAAAUUGCUAUGUUAUUUUGAUUUUAGCAAAAAAAAAAUUAAUCAGACCUCAGGCACAUAACCAAGAGUCUCCUAUGGCACCUUAAAGGCUGCAGAUUUGUAAGUCUUUGUCUGUUAAGAGACAGAAAUUGCAUCCAUAGUGCACCCUUUGAGCCCUUUCUAGGAUCCUUACUAACCAUUUGGGUUACACACAGUUCUACUGAAAAUAAGCUGAGCCCUCUAAUGUACAGUAGAUGGAAUUAAUACUUUUGGCAUCUCUGGAUAAAGUUACAGUUUACCUCCCCUUCCUCAAAAUGUAGACUAGAGAGCCUCAUCUAGAGAAUUUAUGGACUGGAAUUUCUCAAACCGACUCUCUUUCUGACAGUGGAGGAAAGAUGGGACAAAGGAUUUCGAGGCAAGGAAAAUGCAUCCGAAUGACGGUUAGGUCUGAAAGCUCCUUACGAGUGGGACCUGGCCUAAGACUGCAAGGCAGUGGAGUAGUUCUUUAGUGCAUUCGGCUACUUCACUACAAUCUUUGCAGAGAUGUAUUUCUUCCUUUUAGUCCCAAGAUCCCAGCCUAACCUCCACCACACCUUCUAAGAACACUGUCUAAUAAAAACAGCAAAUUCUCAAUGCA